AUGGACAGGGGGCCCUUCUCGGUGGAGUGGCUGGCCCAGAGCAGCCGCGGCACAGCCCAGCCCGGCCCCACCGCCCGCCCGCCGCGCUCCCCGCCCGGCGACGCCAGCGGCCAGGAGAGCCCGAAGACGCCAACGCCGGGCGCGGAGGGCGCCCUGCCGAGCCCAGGACACCUCGCAGCCCCGAGCCCGCGACGCAGCAGCCCAGAGCACGGCGCGGAGGCGGGCGGCGGCGGCGUGCCCGGCCGGCCCCGCACCAAGUUCUCGGCCGUGCAGCUGCAGGAGCUGGAGCGGAGCUUCCGCGAGCAGCGCUACAUCGGCGCCAGCGAGAAGCGGCGCCUGGCUGCCGCGCUGAACCUCUCCCAGAGCCAGAUAAAAACCUGGUUUCAGAAUCGUCGUAUGAAGUUCAAACGUCAGACUCAGGAUGCCAGAGUUGAAGCUCUUUUCUCAGGCUUAUUUCUGCCCUAUCAUUGUUACCCAGACAUAGUUGCAUCCAGAUAUUCUCAUGGGAUGGAUGUCAGUGUCUCUUCUACCUCUACUGUUACCCUUCACCCGGCCAUGCCAAGCCCUGCCCUGUUGUUACCUACUGUUCCACCUCAGUCCCUUGAGCCAGUUCUGCCAAGCCCAGGUUUAGUGGUGCCUCCCAGUCCAGAAUUUUCUUCUUAUCCUUCUGUAAUUCCCACAAUGACUGUAACUAAGGACCAGAAAAGACUGAGGUUCCAGCCAUAUCUUCCUUCCUCUUAAACAUGCCAAAAACUAUCUGUAAUCUGAAUAUGA